AUGUAUAGAGCAAGAAGGCAUCCAGAUCUUGAUAAUAUGCCUGAGUUUUUAUUCGAAAAUACUCUGAUAUUAUCGGAUCCAAGAGAGGAAAAUUGUUAUUCAACAAUAAAAGAUUAUUGUUGUCCAAAUUUCACUUUGAUGUCUUUUACUGCCAUAGUUUCAUUGAUUCAAUUGUCUUUGUUUAUUGUUAUGUGUUUCUUUGGGGAUUUUAAUCUUCAGAAUACUAUUUUGUAAUUCUCUGACGAAACUCUUGAUAGUUUUGGAAGGUGCUCUGCAUAUAAUGUGAAAUACCAAUUAGAGUUCUAUAGACUAUUAACUUGUCUGUUCAUUUUUAACAAUGUCAAAGAUUUGUGUGGAGAACUAUUGUUGUAAGUGAUUGUUGUUUCAAUGGCGGAGAAGUUUAUUGAUAAGAAAACCACGUUGUGCCUUUAUUUGUUGACUGGAGUGGCUGGAUCUAUAACAUUCAUAGUGUUUUAUGAUCAAAGUAUACAAGGAAAUUCAUUUUGUGUUUUUGGAAUGGUUGGCUUAAUGUUUGGGUUUAUAAUUUAGAAUGCAUAAUAAGAUGAGGCAAGACAAGUAAUCAUGCAAGUAACCAUGUUUAUAUUUAUUAUUGGACUAAUUGGGUUUUUUUAUAAAAACUCAUUAAUUUUUGGAAUUUACGGAAGUUUCUUAAUUGGAAUUAUAAUCGGAUUGAUUUAACCAACAUAAAAUAGAAUCUUUUAAAGAACCAAAUUGAAAUUCGUUGGAUUAGGUGUUAUUUUCAUGUACUUUACUGGAUUUAUUUAUAUUUUUUUUUCUUUUAGAAUACCAUCACGUCCUAUUCAAUAACAAUGA